UGGGAGCUACAAUGAUCCGCAAUCAAUGUCAAAUGAACCAGUAGGUCAUUUCAUUUCAUUUUCUCAUAUAUGAGGUAUGAAAUCCCUCAAAUCACAAAUCAUAGUGAGGGAUUGAAUAAUUUGCCUUAAAACAAAACAGAAAAGAAAAAAAGGACUAGUCGUUUAUACCAACGGUUUCUCUAGCGUUAUUAUAGUUACGGGAAGUUUACGGAAAACAAAACCAUAGAUUUCCGGCGAUGACGAGACAGAAUCUGCGGAACCUACUCUCCUCCACAGCCGUUCUCCGGCGAACCCUUUCUCCCAACCCUAAUUUCCAAUUAUACCUGGCAGCCAAAUGUCCAUCUUCAUCUUCCUUCUGCCCACCCUCACCGCCCACUUUUUUGGAGAAUCACAGGCUCUUCCCUAGUCCUGGACUCGAUUUUCUUGGGCGCAGAAUUUCCGGGAAAAUAUUUAUUUCUUCCCAAUCGGUCCCGGAUGUCCAUGCUAAAUGCUGGAACUGUAAUGCCAAGGCUGAAGCGGCGCCGUUUCUUGUGUGUCAGUCUUGUCGGUGCAUUCAACCCAUGGAUCACUCGGUGGAUUACUUUCAAAUAUAUGGAUUGGAGAAAAAGUAUGAUAUUGAAGAUCACAAUUUGGAGAGGAAGUACAAAGACUGGCAAAAACAAUUGCACCCUGAUUUAGUGCAUUCUAAAUCUGAGAAAGAAAAAGAAUAUGCUGCUGACCAGUCUGCUCGGGUGAUUGAUGCAUACCGCACUCUAAGCAAGCCUUUGUCAAGGGCAAUCUAUGUACUAAAGCUUGAAGGUGUAAAUGUUGAUGAAGAAGAAACUAUUUCAGAACUUGAUUUGCUUGCUGAGAUAAUGGAAAUCAGGGAAUCUGUUGAGGAGGCGGCUGACUCUCAGGCUUUAAAUAAAAUUCGAUCUGAGAUGCAAGAGAAGCUAAAACACUUAUCCAUCUUGUUUGCAAAUGCAUAUCAUAAUCGGAACUUUGGAGAAGCUGUGAACACUAUACGGAGAAUGAGAUAUUAUGAGCGUGUUAUUGAAGAAAUCGUGAGAAGGCUUUAAAUUAAGACUCUUGCUGGCCUAGUGCUCAUUUUUUCAUCAGUCAGCUUUGUUGUUUCUCAUGCCGAUAAUGCCAGAUUCACCAGUUGAUCACUAUGUAGAUUUCAAAUCAUAUGAUCCAUCUGAGGUUCCAAAAGAAAGAAAGAACAGGAAUUCUAGCCUAGCCAAUUGCAUGUUCAUUGUCGUACACUGUAAUUUAUGUUCCUCUUACAAAGGCAGAGAUUUUUUUUUCUUUUUUUAAAACAAAAAAUAACAAAAUUAUCAUUAUGAUCAUUUAUCAUAUAUCAAAGCUUGUAAGAAUAAAACUUGAUUAUUAAAAAGAAAAAAAAACAAUAAUUUUAUUAUUCUGGAAGUUCAAA